GUAUCGUUUUCUAACAACCAUUAGGUGAGUCAUAUACAUAACUAGAACCACUAGAGAAUUCCCUAGAAUCCUUUUUUCUAUACUAAACUAUACAUUCAAUGUGCAUUGCAUUUUUCCUCUACAUACAUAACUCUUAAUCUCAAUAAUUUUUUUCAUUGAGCUAAAGAUUGAUCAUAAUAUCAAACACACUAUUCAACAAUGAGGCUUAUUUUUUCAUUUCUUUGUGUUCUUGUGCUAUCUUCUUAUGCAAUUGCUUAUGAUCCUUUGGAUCCAAAUGGAAACAUAACAAUAAAAUGGGAUGUUAUGUCUUGGACACCAGAUGGUUAUUUGGCGACAGUAACAAUCAACAACUUCCAAACGUUUCGACACAUAAUGAAUCCGGGCUGGACCUUAGGCUGGACAUGGGCUAAGAAAGAAGUGAUAUGGUCAAUGGUAGGAGCUCAAACAACAGAACAAGGUGAUUGUUCUAAGUUCAAAGGAAACAUACCGCAUUGCUGCAAGAAAAUCCCUACGGUUGUAGACCUUCUCCCCGGUGUACCUUACAAUCAGCAAUUCACAAACUGUUGUAAAGGCGGAGUUGUUUCAGCGUGGGGACAAGAUCCUACACAAUCAGUAUCGGCUUUUCAAGUUAGUGUAGGACAAGCUGGAACCUCGAACAAAACAGUUAAACUUCCGAAGAAUUUCACUCUUUUGGCUCCUGGACCUGGAUAUACUUGUGGCCGUGCCAAGAUUGUUCCUCCUACCAAUUUUCUUACUCCUGAUAGGCGCCGCAAGACUCAAGCUUUGAUGACAUGGAAUGUUACGUGUACUUACUCGCAGUUUCUAGCAAGCAAGAAUCCAAGUUGUUGUUUAUCUUUAUCUUCCUUCUACAAUGAAACCAUUACACCUUGUCCUCAUUGUGCAUGUGGCUGCCAAAAGAAGAAGAAUUGUGUGAAGAAUGAAGCUAAGAUUCUGAGUAUGGUAGGAGUUCACACUCCAAAGAAAGACAAUGAACCAUUGAUGCAAUGCACUCAUCAUAUGUGCCCAAUUAGAGUUCACUGGCAUGUGAAGAAUAACUAUAAGGACUAUUGGCGAGUCAAAAUCGCGAUAACGAAUUUUAAUUACAGGAUGAAUUACUCUCUAUGGAGUCUUGCUAUUCAACAUCCAAAUCUCAACAAUAUCACUCAAGUUUUCAGUUUUAAUUAUAAGCCACUUCAACCCUAUGGAUCCAUAAAUGACACCGGAAUGUUCUAUGGAAUGAAAUACUUCAAUGAUCUACUAAUGGAAGCUGGAGCAAAGGGAAAUAUUCAAUCAGAGGUAUUGCUUCAGAAAAACCAAGAAACCUUCACAUUCAAGCAAGGAUGGGCAUUUCCUCACAAGGUUUACUUUAAUGGCGAUGAAUGCAGGCUUCCUCCACCUGAUACGUACCCUUUUCUCCCUAACUCUGCGCCUACGAGCUUAGUUAACUUCAAGGCACUCAUAUUUUCAUUAUUUUUACUGCUAGCACUUUUGUGAAUUGAUGCAUAGAGUGUCAAAUUUUCUUUUGAAAUGAUAGAUGUUAGUAUUGCGUCAGAAUUGUUUUCUGAACGUUUUGAAGCCAUGUAUAUCGACACAGAGAUAAAGUGACAAUAGAUAUAUGAAGACUCGAAUCAUUCAUUGAAAAUGCUAAGCCAAACUCGAAGGUUAUGUUUUUUGAUA